AUGCCCACAGCUCACCGGCUACGAGAGUGCCAACACAACGUCCUGGCAGGAACACCUGUGGAAGUCAAGGCCGUGCAGGACUGCCUGGCUCCAACCCAUUCUCAGCUGGAUACAGCAGGAACCUUGGCUAAGAGCAUUGGGACCCUCUCAGACCCCUGUAAGGACCCCACGAGGAUCACGUCCCCCAACGAUCCUUGUCUCAUUGGAAAGGCUGGCUCCAAAAGCAUCAGCAGCCAAGGUGGACCCAGAAGCUCCCAGGGAAGUUCUUUAGGAUCCGUGAUAUUCAAACCAGGAACGGGGUCAUCCCAGAUCAGCUAUUCCUCUGGGUCUGGCUCCUCCCAGUCAGGAAGCAACGGAUGGCAGUCGGGAAGCAGCGGAUCGCAGUCGGGAAGCAGCGGAUCGCAGUCGGGAAGCAGCGGAUCGCAGUCGGGAAGCAGCGGAUGGCAGUCGGGAAGCAGCAACUCCCAGUCGGGAAGCAGCAAUUCUCAGAUAGGAAGCAGCAGUUCCCGAUGGGUAAGCAGCAGUUCUCACAGCAGCAGUAUUCAGUCCGGAAGCAGCCGGGAGGGACCAGGCCAUGGCUCUGCUCUACCCACCGACGACAAUUCUUCCAGACAGUCAUCAGGCACCUUCCAGUCUGGAGGCUCUUACACUUCCCACAGCUCUGUGGUGUCUAGCAGCAUCUCCAACCAGAGGCCCUGCAGCUCCAACGUGCCGGACUCUCCCUGCAGUGGGGGGCCUGUCAUCACGCACUCGGGGCCCUACAUCUCCAACUCCCACACGGUAUCCGGCGGGCAGAGGCCUGUAGUGGUAGUGGUGGAGCAACACGGCUCCGGUGGCCCUGGAGGGUUCCAAGGCAUGCCCUGUAGCAACGGUGGCCCCGCAGGCAAGCCCUGCCCUCCCAUCACCUCUGUCCAGAAACCCUACGGCGGCUACGAGGUGGUGGGGGGCUCUGCCAACAGUUAUCUGGCCCCAGGCAUGACCUACAGUGGGGGUAAAAUCUACCCCGUGGGCUACUUUACCAAGGACAACCCGGUCAGGGGCUCGCCGGGGGCCCCCUCCUUUGCAGCUGGGCCCCCAGUCUCUGAGGGGAAGUACUUCUCCAGCAACCCCAUCAUCCCCAGCUACAGCUCUUCCAGUUCCAACGUCUACCCAUCCUCGGGUGUCGUGUUCCAGCCCGUGGGCUCCGGCGGGGUGCAGCCCUGUGGCGUGGGUUCUAAGGGGCCUUGCUCUGGUACCAGAAUCCAGAUCACUUCCAGCAGCUCCAGCACCUCCUACCAACCCUGCGGCGGAGCUUCCCAGGGGCCCUGCUCCCCACCAGGCACCGGCUCCAUCGGCGGGGGAAGCUCCUCCCUCUCCACCGGCAAAAUUGUCCUCCAGCCCUGCGGCAGCAAGUCUAGCUCUGCCGGCUACCCCUGCCUUUCUGUUUCCUCCUCCACGCUGAACGGAGGUCUGAAUGGCUCUCCUCAGCUGGUCCCCUCCGUGGUAGCCAAGCCCUGUGGCCUCAACAGCCCUGGAAGGGUGCCCUGCCGUUCCAUCCGGGACAUUCUGGCCCAAGUGAAGCCUCUGGGGCCCCAGUUAGCAGAUCCUGAAGUUUUUCUGCCGCGAGGAGAGCCACUUGACAAGCCUUAAGUCACACACCCCAGCGGUCUCACGCGGGAAGAUGCUCAGAGGCCCAGUCACCUUUGUGCCGGCAAUGGUGAACUCCACCCCUUUCCUCCUCUCCUGUGGUGCCCGGUCUGCCUGAUGGGAAGCCUUUGAAACACUCCUCAACCUCGGAUGCCCGGACAAGUCAAUCGUGCCUCUGCCCAUCUGACAAAUAAGGCGAAAUCCAAUCCAUCACCGCACACUUCUCACUGACCCAUCCAUCCAUCCAUCCAUCAUGGCUCACCACACCCUACCAGACCCAUUUCCAACACACCCGUGCCUCCCCUGCUCUCCAUCUCAGCCCUUGCCUGGUGACCACUCCACCCCAAA